CCCGGCCGGCCCAGCUCAGUUGAACAGCUGCUGGUGUGGAGAGGCGGCCGGGCAGCGCCAGAGCCGCGAGAGGCCGGCCAGGACACGAGUUCGCGAGAACACGCUGCAGCGGCGUGCGUGUGGGUGUGUGUGUUUGAGUCCGUGCGCGUCGGUGUGUGUUUGUGAGAGGGGACUGGACAGCAACAGGUUAUUCAGGAUAUCCAAGCCGCCUGCGCCGUCCCUGGACCGCCUGGACGGACACCCUCCCGUGCGCGCGCGCCAACCCGCACGUAUUCGCCGGAUGACGGCGGGAGGCCGGGGCCGAGCGUCGCCGACGGCGGCCCCGAGGAGGAGGCCGAGGGGCGCGGCGUGCGCCCGCACCACCACCAGCAGGGCGGCCAGGGCGGCCGCCAGCACCGCGCGGGCACCUCGCCGACGCGACACCACCGCCUCGCCGCUGCAUCCCGACGACGACGACGACCAGGAUACGCGGGCCCCCUGAGUCACACGCGGACGCCACCAUCGCACCACCCUGCCACAGACUAGGAGGGACCCGUCGUCGCAGUCGCACGGCCGGCAGCCCACUCCUCGACGGAAACACUCGAAACACUUAAAACGUGUUGACGACGGCGGACGACGGUGCAGUGGCUUUGGCCGUGGCGACGGGCGCAGGAGGCGACCGGGCCGGGCCCCUCCGUGAUGCAACGCAGGAUGCCGGCGGCGACGGGCCACGGCGCGGCCAGCACCAUGCCGCGCGAGGCGCACCGCCCGUACCGCUUCGGCAUGACGCUGCUGUGCUUCGGCGGGCUGCUCAACUGGGUUGGCCUGUUCGAGAACUACACGGAGCCGGUGCGCUACAUCGGCGUCACGUGCGUCGUGUCGGGCGCCAUCCUGCUCUGCUUCGCCAUCUGCUGCUGGCUGCGGCCCGGCGCGCACCGCGAGAACGCCUGGGGACAGGCGCACCAGCACGCCAACCCCGCCCUGCAGGCCGGCCGGGACCCCGUCCACUUCAUCACGCUGGACCGGACGUCCUCCGCGGUGGCCGCGCAGAAGCCGCCGGACUACGAGUCGGUGACGGACAAGCCGCCGUCCUACGACGACGCCAUCAAGCUGUCGCCCGCGCUGCUCUGGCUCGCCAACGAGCACGAGCGGCACGAGGGCGAGCUGCUCGAGCAGCACGCCGAGCAAGGUGCCGCGGGCCGGGCCAAGGACGACGCCGAGGAGAUGACCGUGUCCGAGGUGGACGACGCCGGGUCGCCGUUGCCGCCGGGGCGGCAGCCCUGCCCGCCGUACACGGCGGUCCGGGACGACCGCUCGGACUCGCCCAGGACGUCGACGGCGCCGUCGACAUCGGCGUCGACGUCUUCCUCCCUGUCGACGGCCUCGGCCUCGUCACUGCCCCCGGGCACCUGCGAGGAGGCGCCGUCCACGUCGUCGUCGCAAAGCCUGAGCGUCGUGGUGUACAGCACGGCCUCGGCGUCGUGCUUGUCGAAAGACCCGAGUGCGGCGUAGCCCAUCCUCCUGACUGAGGCCCAGGCGCCCUCGAAUCGUAUCAGACAUUUAUUCAGACCGGAAGGUCGACCCUUUGCCAGAGGGUGCCGCCUGGACCAGAACGACGGCGGUAGAGGGCAUUUGAAAGAGCGGCUCGACGGCGCAAACGAAGAGUGCUUGCAGCGGACUGUACGUGUCGGCCGGUGCGAACGUACUCAAAAACUAAUUAGCGCUCUUAACUUCGCCCCUCGUCGUGAUCACGUCACUCCCGCUCCUUCACCCCCUGCAAGCUGCGCCCCGACCAACCCGAUAACAACCGUGGUAAACUGUUCAAACAAAGUACCGAGUAGGCCUUACUAUGUUGACUCGUAAAGCAUAUCAAAGUUCCUAUGGACAUAAGUGGAGUGCCAUCAGGGAUAAGUGAAUAAUAUUAGGUCAGUGUCAUGUGUCGUAGACAAGUAACGCUAAAGUACAGCGAAAAAACUAUGAAUAAUAUUCUACUUUGUGCGAUUGUUGGCGCAAUGCGUUCGUUAAAAUUUGAGAUUCUAGAAUGACAGCCUCGCACAACUGAGCAUUUUUUCCGCACUGCGCUUUAUUCUUUUCAUUUUGCAUCAAUUGUCCAAGUAACAUGAGACGAUAAACAGGCUGACGAGAACUUUGACGUUAGUAUGACCUAGGGUAGAUAUCAGUGAUUACAUUGACGUAAAUCGUUGACUUUAUCAUGUUACGCAGGCUAUGCAGAGAAUCGACAAAUCAUAAGCCCAGUGGGCGACGGUGAUCGAAACGAUGGGUAUCGUUGCGUCAUCCCGUUACCAACUAAGGCUCUUCUGUUCGUGAAAGCAAACGUUAAAGCUGUUCAAAUUGUGGGAAAAUACUAGUCAUUGUGUUGCAAGAGAAGUGACUGAUAGUGAUAAAAUGGAUGAGUGUGGUACCCGCUAGUUUUACGUAUUACUUGGCUACGCGAGGCAUUUGGUCGCGUCGAAUGGGUUGCCUACCCGCCGGGCGGUUGCUCGAACAUACGCCUGAGGAGGCAUUAAGUCCAAGUUUUAGUAGGUUUAAGUGCAUUCUCGUGGCUUUUUAGAUUCCAGUUUUUACAAGCUUUGAAUUUGUAGUCAGAAAUAUUCAGCAACAUGGAAAUUGGGAAAAUUGUUCACUGCACACACGGUUCUCGGUAUCCCACUGCCCGGGGAGGCUGAAUUCUAGCUGAUCUCUUUUCCCCUUUUCUUGUCAACAAAAUACUCAUUCAAAUUGUACAACUAGAAAAUAAUUUUAACUUUAUCAUUGUCAUAAAAUGAAACAUUCCUUUUUGUUAAAUCGUGUACCUCCUCUGCAAUACAAAAUAUAACUUGAAUGGUUCCAAUGCUCAUGAGGAUGUACAAAACCCUGUGCUGUGACUUGAGUUUUGUAUGUAUACUCGACACAUUGUUGUUUUAUUUUUGUAAUAAAUUAAUUGUUUUUUUGUAAAACAA